CGGGGCGGCUGCGCUGCCACUCUGUCACUUGUAGAAUUUGCGACACGGGUGUCCUCUCCCCGUCGCGAUGGCAGCAGAUUUUAAUGGCACUUAAAGCUCGAGAAAAGUUCUUGUCUGAGCCGCCAUGAAGAGAGGACACAAGUUUAAAGCAAAGCUGCAACGUGAAGAUGAGUCCAGAAUUGUGGACGUUCACGAGGAAGUCAGGGACCCCCUGUCGGGGCAGAAUACCUCCAACAACGGGCAAAGGGGGGAGGCCGAGAAAAGCAGGCAGUCAGCAAAACAAGUUCACUUUGCCUUCCUGCCUGAUAAGUAUGAGCCUUUGGAAGAAGAAGAUGAAGAAAAGGAAGCACGUAAAGCGGAGAAAAAACACAAGAAGAAGAAGAAAUACAAAAAGUAUCGGAAGAAUGUUGGCAAAGCUUUGAGGUUUGGGUGGCGCUGCCUUGUGUUGGGACUUCAAGGCUUCACUGCUGGCUACUCGGCCCCCUUCACUUCGACUUCUACUUUGAUACCCGAGAAACGUUGAACGAGCAACAGCUGCCUUCCGCCUGUCUGGAGUGGCAAUUUGACGAACUGUGGAUGGAAAUACGAAAACUAAAAACCUUUAACUGACAAUCUUGUUAGCGGCGUUGUUGACCUCUUCUGGUUUAACAGAACACUCGGGGUUCAGGAGGUUUGUGAAGAAGUAAAGAGCGAUGAUGAGCAAAGAUGGUGAAGAGUUAAAGAAAG